AUGUUCUUCAAGUUCAUCUGUGCUGUGGUGACCAGGUCUCUGUUUCUGCUGCUCUCACUCAUGGGAGUGUGGAGGGUGGUGUGGGUGAAGGAUGAUGGACUCUACUGGCUCCUCACCGGCCUCUGGCUGCCUCUGGUGGUGGAGAUGAUCUUGACUCUGAAGAGGAGACGGGGAAAAGAUUACAAAUGGUUUUCUCCUGCUAUCUUACUCCUCCUCGUCAGUAUCAUCCCAUCUUUAUGGAUUUUAGAGCUCCACCACCAAGAGAACAAGUCCACCGACUCGAGGUGUGAAAGACUUGACUCUACCGAAAAUAUCAAGAGUAUUUUUAAACUUCAGAGUCUGGGAGCAGUGCAGCUAAAAGCCAGAGCACCCAUGGUGACGAGGCGUGGGGCGGGGACAGAUAGUAGACAAGCAGAAGAUGAGCAGAGGGAGCGAGAGGGGUCCUCAGUGUGUGCCAACGACUGGAUCCUUGCUCUGCAUCAAAUCCUGCUCAUCCUACUGAUCAUAGGGAAGUGGCUGCUGCCGGCUGCCGGAGAACUGACCAGAGACCAGCUCUCCCAGUUACUGCUCAUCUUCGUGGGCACAGCCGCCGAUAUACUGGAAUUCACCUCGGAAACACUGACUGACAUCAAGGACUCCAGUCCAGCCAUGGUGUACAUUAUUCUGGGUGUGUGGACGUGGAGCAUGCUGCAGUUUCCGCUCCAUCUCUCAGGAAACACCGUAAUGGCUGCGUCCUCUGAUCACUCCUCGGAGCCCGCCCCCUCCCUGCUCUCUCACAUCAGGACUGAUAUCUGGAGCACUGUGGAGGCUCUGCUGAUCCAGGACGGGCCGUUCUUGGUGGUCCGCCUUCUCGUUAUGAUCUACUUCAAUGUGGUUCACCAGAUGCUGAUCUUUUUCGCCAUUAAAAACCUCCUGGUGGUCAUGCUCAACAUCUACCGGUUGGCCGUCCUAAUCUGUGACAGGAGCUCCUGA